AUGCCCGCCCCGUCCUUCACUGAAUUCCUUACUUUGGACCUGCUCUUGGUUAUCACGGAAUACCUACUACCAGAAGACAUAGUAUCGCUACGUAAGACUUGCAGGUCGCUUCUACGGCUGACGCAAUCACGCUCGAUUUGGAUGACGGCCGUACGCACGAUGUGCGCCAGAAAUUUAGUCUUCAGAGCCAAUUUCGACCUGGAAAACAUGUCUUUGGAGGAACUGGAACAUGCGGCCACUGCACCAAGCCGCUUCUUGCGCCUUAUCCACAAGCACUCCAGUACAUCUCCGAGCGACGUUACUAUAAAGCCUCUGUCGAAGCGCACCCUCCUCAUGCGAUUGCCUGAGACCAUCACGUCGUCCUCACCUCUCGCUGAGCAUGACGGCUUCACCGUGAUCUGCCUGGUUCCGGGCGGCCGCUUUCUCGCAGCCACCUCCGAGCGGCAUUUCCACGUCUGGGAUCUUGGACGAAGCGGCUACGAGAGAAUGAAGCCUCUCCCUAUAUUCUGUCAAGGGCUCCGAGAACUAGCUGGUAUGCAGCGAAGUGACGCUGAGCCAUCCUUUGCCCUCUUCACCGUGUGUGAAUCAAGGCAGGCUGGUAAAUUCGUGGCUGUCUUCACGUCCUCUGGACCAAGGUCCCAUGGCGUGCUUGUACUUGAGCUCCACUUUUCGACAACGACUAGCGACCUGAUAGAUGUCCAGACGGUCGGAGUCAUCCACUUAAACUGGGAGUCUGAUACUGUCAUAAUGGAUGUCUCCGAGGAUCUUGUCAUACUGGAUGAACAUGACAUGGACACGGCGGUGACUCUGAUCUGGAACUAUCGCGAAAAUGCUCUUGGAAGCCUGCGAGCAUUGGAUGAUGCACCGCGCGUCGCCAAAUUCUUGCCAUCGGGAAACAGUGUUGCCCUUGCUUAUGAUGGCCGGCUCCAUGUCUAUCGCAUCCCUCCGCUCGUUAGCAUUGCUGGGCUUCUGUCUUCCUGCGCAGAUCUUCCGUCCGUGGCAGACUACAUCCCCAUCAUCGUCCAUAUCACCGACGAAGAGUAUGGUGUCUGGGUCGUGCGCGAUGGGUGGUACAACAGGCGUGAUGCUCCUCUAUCCAUUGAUAGACUUACAUCGCGCCACCGCUCUCACCUCGCAGUGGCGGAGAUCACGACACCACAAUCCCCUACGAUGCCAGACCAAAUCCCUUACACGGUCGCUCGCUUCCCAUCCCUGCCAUUCUGGAACUCGAUCGACGAGUCUAUGUCCGUCGCGCCGUCAGAAGGGCGAAACGUGCUUGCUUUCUCUGACGACCAUAGCUCAGCACUCAUGUGCGCUGCAUAUGUCGUCUCUCCCGCAGAGCCGAGCGCGCUUUGUGACCAGCUAUAUCUUACUCGCGAAGACAGUGUCACCAUAGCCGACUGGGACUUCUGCCCUGCCAGUGGACGGGUCUGUCUUGUGCCUACUCAUGACGGCCGCUGCACCGAGAUUGUUGUUUUGGACUUCCUUGUACCCGAUCGUGGGCUGUAA